GGUGGCCUCGCAGAAGCCUGGGGUGGCGAAUUUUUUCCCCUCUCGCCCCUCCCAGCGCCUGCCCGCGUGACCCCGCCCGCCAUGGCCCACGGAGUGUACCAGGGCGUGGACGAAGCGACGUCCGGCUCUGGAUCCAGCAGCGAGGAUGAGAAGUCUUCGGUGCUCUCCGAGGACCCGGACAGCUUCGAGGUGCUCUCCGAGACCACCUGGAGCGAGAAGCUGAGCCUCGGGCUGGGCUCGCUGCUGGCGCUGCUGCAGGGGGCCUCUGCCCCGAUGAUCGCCAUGUACACUGGCCAGUGCAUCAACAUCCUAUCCACCAGCAACCCAGGCAACGUCUUGAGUGAGAUGCAAACAGUGCUGAUCAGCAUUAGCAUCCUUGCCCUGGUGCAGUUCUUGUUGGCCUUCCUGUGGCAGACCUGCCUCAUGUGGGCCGCUGGCCAGCAGGCGCUGAGGUGGCAGCUGAGGUACUUGAAGUCGGUGUUCACCUUGGACGUCACCUGGUUCGACCUCAACGAGGCCGCCGGCUUGGCCGCCAAGCUGGAGGGAGACAUCGCGGCGGUGCACAGCUUCAUGUCCGCCGGCUUGGGCUUCCUGAUCUCCAGCGUGGGGCAGUUCGUGAGCGGGCUGGCCUUGGCCUUCGUGCACGGCUGGCAGCUCACGCUCAUCGUGAUCUCCGCCAUGCCGGUGUUGAUUUGCGCGGGCCACGGGCUCUCCAAGCAGAUCGAGCGCCAGAUGACCCAACAGGCGGAAGACUUCGCGAGGGCAGGCGGUGUGGCAGAGGAGUCGUUGAUGGCGGUGCGCACCGUGGCGGCCUUCGGCGCGGAGCUGUCGCAGCAGCGGCGCUUCGAGCGGGAGCUGCUCACGGCCCAGCGGGGCGGCGUGCGGAGCGGGGUGCGGAUCGGGAUCUUCUGGGCCGCCCAGAAUUUCGCUUACGCCUGCCUCUACGCCUUGACUUUGUGGUUUGGCGGCCACAUACUGCUGGCGCCCGCCGAGAACCGGGAAGCCUUGGAGGGCGGGGACGUGAUCAUCGUGCUGAUCGCCUUGAUCACGGGGAUGACGGGGGUCAGCUCCUUCGCGGGCUUCGCGCCGGCGCUGGCCAAGGCGGUGAUCGCCGCCAAGGCGCUGAAGCAGAUCAUCCGCUACAAGGACCGGAGCAUCGAGCCUGGGGACUUCCACCAGGAGGAGAUCCCUGGGCUGGCGGAGAUCCAAUCCAUCGAGUUCCGCGGCGUUUGCUUCAAUUACCCCAGCAGGCCGGAGAAGGCGAUCUUGAACCAGCUCAGCUUCUUCAUCACCCAGGGCCAGAAGGUGGCCUUCGUCGGGGAGAGCGGGUGCGGCAAGAGCACCACCAUCCAGAUGCUGGAGCGCUUCUACGACCCGAUCCAGGGGGAGAUCAUGGUGAACGGCCGGCCUUUGCGCUCCUGGCCGGUGCGGAGCUGGCGCCAGAAGCUGGGAUACGUGGGCCAGCACCCGGUGCUCUUUGCCACCAGCGCCAUGGAGAACAUCAAGGCCGGGGCCGAGAUCAGCGACGAGGACGCCAUCGAGGCGGCGCGCAUGGCCCAGAUCUUGGAUACGCUGUCGGCUCUGCCGGAGGGCCUGGAAACCAACAUCGGCGCGGCAGGCGGCACCUUGUCGGGGGGCCAGCGCCAACGGGUGGCCAUCGCACGGGCGCUGGCCAAGAAGCCGAAGGUGCUGCUGCUGGAUGAGGCCACCUCCGCCCUGGACAACGAGUCUGAGCGGAUGGUCCAGGCCACCCUGGACUCGCUGGACCUCACCAUGGGCCGGAGCCUGACGAGCGUCUCCAUCGCCCACCGCCUGACCACGGUGGUGAACUCGGACAUGAUCUACGUGCUGGACAGCGGGCACUGCCUGGAGCAGGGCACCCACGCCGAGCUCAUGGCGCGGAAGGGCCAGUACUUCAACAUGGCCUCCCUGCAGCAAGCGGUGGAGUCCAAGCGACAAAUCUCCUUCCCGCGGCAACAUUCUGUUCACUCGGGUGCGUCUGCUGCUAUCCAGAUGUCCGUGCAGAAGGCGGCGCCGGGGACAUUUGCGUCCCAGGCUUCGUGGCUGCAGUUGCCCACCAUAGCCAAUGAGGCCGCCCCGGCGGAGCUGGCCACCCCGGUGCUCUCGCGGCUCUUCUUCGCGGCGCGCGCGGAGUGGGUGGUGAUCCCCUUCGCGCUCCUGGCCGUGGUUCUUCAGGCGCUCUGCGCGCCAUUCCAGGCAUAUUUCUUCAACGCCGGGAUCAUGAGCUACUACGAGAAGUCUGUGGAUGUAAUGCUGGAGAAGCUGGACCUGGCAUGUCUGGGGCUAGCAGUGAUCGGCGUGGCCUCAGGGGCGUGCGUGCUGCUGCAGAACAGCCUCUUCACUUACAUCCAGGAGUGUAUCACUCUCGUGAUGCGCAAGCGGGCCUUUGGCAGCACCAUCCGCAUGCACAUGGGCUUCUUCGACGCGCCUGAGAAUCAGACCUCGAGCAUCUUGGUGUCCCUGGAGCGGCACAUGACGCGGCUGAGCCAGAUGUUCGGGGUGGGCCUGGCCAUGGCCUUGGGCUCCGCCAUGACCUGUGUGGCCAGCGUGCUCUUCAGCUUCUUCGGAUCCUGGAUCCUGGCGCUGGUUCUCCUGUUGCUUCUGCCCAUCUUCUUCGGUGUGUCCAUGGGGGUGACCACUGCCGCCCACCGGCCCGACAGCAACUCGGACAAGGCCUGGGCCAAUGCCUCCCACACCACCACCGAGGCGGUGACCUCCAUCCGCACGGUGCGGGCCCUCGGUGCGGAGGAGCACACGCUGGACAUCCUCACGACGGCCCUGCAGGUGGUGGCGGACCACAACCGCAGCAGCGCCUGCAAGAAGGCCUUCGCCUUCGGCUUCACCACGAGCUUGAUCCAGCUGAUCUACCUGGUGGGGUUCUGGCUCUCCGCGGCCAUGAUCAACAGCGGGCGCUUCGAGGCCAACGCCGUGCUGCUCACGCUCUUCUGCGUGGUCUUCGGGGUCAUGACGGCCACCACAGUGGCGAUGUACCUGCCGGACUCCGCCUCUGGCCGCAUCGCGGCGAUGGAGGUGUUUCGACUCAUUGACCAGCACUCCAAGAUUGACGCGGUGGAGCCGGAGGGCAAGAUUUGUAGCUUUGGGGAUGGUACCAUCUGCUUGAAGAAGGUGGACUUCUACUACCCGAGCCGGGCGGAGACGAUGGUGCUGAAGCACCUGUCGCUGACCAUCUGGCGCGGCCAGAAGGUGGCCUUCUGUGGCUUCUCGGGGAGCGGCAAGAGCACGGUGAUCCAGCUCCUCCUCAGAUUCUACGACCCUCAGGGGGGUUCCAUCACGCUUGGGGGCACGGAGAUCCGCGACUUCAACGUGGCGUGGUACCGGCGGCAGCUGGGCCUAGUGGCCCAGCAGCCCUUGUUGUUCGACAUCUCCCUGGAGGACAACGUCAAGUACGGCUGCCCAGACGCCACGCGCGAGCAGGUUCGGGAGGCGGCGCGGCUGGCAAACAUGACCUUUGUGGAGGGUGAGGAGGAGCGGUGGUCCCAGAAGCUGGGCUUGCGCGGGGAGCGGCUGAGCGGGGGUCAGCGCCAGCGGGUGGCCAUCGCGCGGGCGCUGCUGCGGAAGCCGCAGAUCCUUCUGCUGGACGAGGCCACCUCAGACUUGGACUCCACCUCAGAGGCCUUGGUGCAGGAGGCACUGCAGCGAGCCAGCAAGGGCGUGACCACCGUCACCGUGGCUCACCGUCUGUCCACCAUCCGGGACUCGGACCAAAUCUUCGUGCUGCUGGACGGGCAGGUCAUUGAGCAGGGCACCUACCAAGAGCUGGUAGCGCUGGGGGGCAACUUCGCCAAGCUCGCGGCCAGGAGCCUUUGAGGCACUUUCGCCGCAGACUUUCGCCAGUGACGAUGGCCAAGUCCGAUGUCGGCGCUGGUGGCUUUCGUGUUGGGGUGGUUAGCUGUCCUGUUGCCGUGUUUGCGCCAGAUGUUAUGCAGGUCCUUUCCCAAAGGAUUUCUCUUGCGCGGGCUGUGAACUAUCUAGCAGUUUGCCCAGAUAUUUGCACAAUGGCCCGCGCUCGGAUCCCCCAAAGAUAAAGACUCGUUCCAGAGUCGGAGAACUUCUCGCCUGAGGCAAAUUUUGUUGUGCUGAAACCAGGC